GUCACCUCUUGUGUCUUUACGCCCUUCAUCUGGAUUCCACACACACAGACAAACCGUGUGGAGACUUCGCUUGUUUUGAAUUGACCGUAUUGGACGUGUUUCUCAGUCAUGGGGAAAGUUUUGCUUGUCGUUUUGAUAACUUUAAUUCUUCUAAACGCGACCCAGGCUAAAGGAAAGAGGGCCAGGAAGAGCAAACGCAACAGCACUGACAUCGCCAGCCCGAGGACCUUUCGAGGACACGGCAUCCCAGUCAACGUACCUCCUCCUCCAAACCGAACGACAGACCCCCAAACACACGUCCUCCCAUCCGCCGUUGAUGUUGAAGUCAAGUUACGAAGCAACAACACAGCAAACUACCUCCAAGGUCCUCUGAGCAAUAGGUUCAUCCCAGCGGUCUACAUCAUAGCCAUCAUUGUCGGCAUUCCCGCCAAUAUCGCCAUCUUGGUCUCCCUUGGAACCAAAGUGCGGGUCAUUUCGUCGGCUAUUUUGUACUGUAGCUUGGCAGCGUCCGACUUGCUGCUGUUGUUCAGCCUGUUACUGAAGACGCACUAUCAUCUCAGCGGAAACCAUUGGAUAUUCGGCGAAGCCGCUUGUCGUAUCACGACCGCCUGUUUUUACGGAAACCUUUACUGCUCCGCUUUCACACUAGCAUGCAUUAGCAUCAAACGCUACCUAGCUGUGGUUCAUCCUUUCCUUUAUAAAAGCUUGCCGAAGCGCUCAUUCAGCACAUGGGGUUGUUUAACCGUCUGGAUCGUAUUUAUCAUCGCCCUUCUGCCGGAAUUCCUAGUGCAACAAAGCUACCGCAUCACAGAUCUCGGAAUAAUCACAUGCCAUGACGUUCUUCUUGCUGAAGACCAGUGGCUUGUCUAUUAUAACUUAGGCUUGACCUGUGUAGGUUUUUUCCUGCCCCUAGUGGUGACAGUCGCAUGUUACACCUCUAUCAUCUGGCACCUGAACCGUUCGCACCGAGACUGGGCUCUUUAUAUCAGAGCUAGCACGUUUAACUUCAUUAUCUUCGUUUUGUGCUUCAGCCCGAGCAGCUGCCUUCAUUUCGUGCAUUACCUUCUGCUGUCUGUCGGCUCUACGGAGAGUUUUUACAUCUACUUCAGCGUGACCGUGUGUCUGUGUUGCCUGCAUAGCGCUCUGGAUCCGUAUCUGUUCGUGCUCAUGUCCAGGACCGUCGGAACCAAACGCUACUUCCUUACGCGCAAAGGACGUGCGCUUAGCAUCUCUGCGUAAAUCAACAUGAAAUGUGCGGUGUGCAACCCAUUUAACUUCUCUAAUCUUUGGAUAUUUAAUGUGACCUGUCUGAAAUAGCCGAAAGACACUUAGACAACCGCUUUUAAAAAAAUACUGUUACUUUAAUACUUUUAUUCAGCAAGAAUGC